AAAGAAAGAGCAGAAGGAGGAGCGAAUUGCGAAUAGGCGCGGAAAGAGCGAAGCACCUGGACGAUCUGAGACUGAGAAACCAGGUUGCUUGUUACUUCAGGAACUCGAUCGUCCAGGUGCUUCGCUCUUUCCGCGCCUAUUCGCAAUUCGCUCCUCCUUCUGCUCUUUCUUUUUCAGGAAUUUGUCCAAAGCAGCAGCCAUGUCUUCACCGUAUCUUCCUACAACAACUGAGUCAAUUGCUCAAGCGUUGGAAGCCAAAGACCCCUCUGAAGCCAUCUCCAUUCUUUAUCGUGUACUUGACAAUCCUUCUUCUUCUCCAGAGGCUCUGCGCAUAAAAGAGCAAGCCAUCACAAACCUCUCUGACCUUCUCAGGCAAGAGAAUAGGGCAGAGGAUUUGCGCAGCCUUCUCACUCAAUUGAGGCCCUUCUUUUCCUUGAUCCCUAAGGCAAAAACUGCCAAAAUUGUAAGGGGAAUAAUUGACUCUGUUUCUAAAGUACCAGGAACAUCUGACUUACAAAUUGCACUCUGCAAAGAAAUGGUGCAAUGGACUCGUGCUGAAAAGCGUACCUUUUUGAGGCAGCGAGUUGAGGCAAGGCUUGCAGCACUUCUCAUGGAAAAUAAGGAGUAUGCUGAAGCUCUGACUCUCCUUAGUGGUUUGGUCAAAGAGGUUAGAAGGUUGGAUGACAAGCUUCUACUUGUAGACAUUAACUUGCUGGAAAGCAAGCUGCACUUCUCACUGCGAAACCUUCCCAAGGCGAAAGCUGCCCUCACAGCUGCAAGAACAGCUGCAAAUGCUAUUUACGUGCCCCCAGCUCAACAAGGUGCAAUAGAUCUGCAGAGCGGGAUUCUUCAUGCUGAGGAGAAGGAUUAUAAAACUGCAUAUAGUUAUUUCUUCGAAGCUUUUGAGUCUUUCAAUGCUCUUGAAGACCCCAAGGCUAUUUUCAGCCUAAAAUAUAUGCUGUUGUGCAAGAUCAUGGUGAGUCAAGCAGAUGAUAUAGCUGGGAUCAUUUCUUCUAGAGCAGGCCUUCAAUAUGUUGGGCCUGACUUGGAUGCCAUGAAAGCUGUUGCAGAUGCUCAUUCCAAGCGGUCCCUGAAGUUAUUUGAGAUUGCUUUGAGGGAUUUCAAGGCACAAUUGGAGGAAGACCCAAUUGUUCACAGGCACCUAUCGUCCCUGUAUGAUACCCUUCUGGAGCAGAAUCUUUGCAGAUUGAUUGAGCCAUUCUCAAGGGUUGAGAUUGCACAUAUUGCUGAGCUUAUUGAACUUCCUGUUGAUCAUGUGGAGCGAAAGUUGUCUCAGAUGAUCCUGGACAAGAAAUUUGCUGGGACAUUGGACCAAGGGGCUGGAUGCCUUAUCCUGUUCGAUGAUCCUAAGACUGACGCAAUUUAUCCUGCAACUUUAGAAACCAUUUCUAAUAUCGGGAAGGUCGUAGAUAGUCUCUUUGUUCGGUCUGCAAAGAUUAUGGCAUAGCCCUCGUUUUGUUCCCUUGGUAUUGAUUCUGCUUUAUUUCUUGACUUAGGGAUGUUCCAGUCCACAUAGUGUUGAUCAUUAUUCCUGGUUCUGUUCAUUCUGAUUUGCGAUCGCUGUGUUCCAUGAGUUACUUUUAUAUGAUCCGCAUGAGGAGGGAUUUGUCUUGGGACGAAUGAAAUUGAAAUGACUACGGAGACUUGUGUAUUCAA